AUGGAUUUCCUCGGCUCCAAUGUGAUAUCUGUUGCAUGUCGUGUCCACGGAUCAUUGUCCGAUAUUGACUUGACUACUAACGAGCAAGGUAUUAACCCGGAAACGAUUACCUACAUUACUGUGGUCCCUGCUAGCGGGUCAUUAGCCCCUACUGAAAUCAAUUUUGAUGUUGAAGACGAAGCGAUGUUGUGUGAUGAAGACAUGGACGGAGGCUGGCAACCUUCUUCGCAUGUUGAGAUUGAAAAGGUGACGCUUGAAAACGGAGAAACAGUUUGGCGUGUGCCUCGCAUCGUGCGACGGUAUCCCUCAUGGGAAGAAUUUCGCACAUACCUGGACGCGUAUUCAGCUGCAACAUUCCAGCUACACCGUGUUUGCACAACGUACUCGGUGCGCUCACGCAACGUUCGCCUUCGUCAACUAGCUGCAAGUCAAGGACUUCUUGUGCGCGGAAGUGAUGAAGAUGAUACAAAUCCAGCGGAGACUGAGCAAGAAGGUGUUCAUGGGUUGUCUCGAGUCCAUUUAGUACCCGAGCGAUAUGGAUGGUACUUGAAGACGUUCUUGUGCACAAACGGAUGGAAGCGUCGCAGUCGCGGUAGCGGCCAGCGUGUUAGCCACAACGUUCGGGCCGCUGAGUGCCCCGCCAAAAUAGGUGCAACACUGCAGCGUGCUGACUGUUCAAGUAAAUGGAGCGUCGUUGUCACGAAGCAUUUGGCAGAGCACAAUCAUGAGCUCUCGGAAGCGGUUUACCUCCAAUACUCUGAGGUUCGACGUGUACGCGAUCCUGAAGUGCUUGCACAGGCCGAGCAACUUUGGCGAGGUGGAGCUACACGUCGUCAUGUGUUUGAGUAUCUCAAAGAGCGAUCGCCGAAUCAAAUCUUUUUGAUGAAAGACGUGCACAACCUCGUUCAGCGGUGGCAGUCACGAGAGCGUCGUUUAAGACAAGACUAG